AGUUAUUGUAUUACUGUGGAAAAUCGCUAACCUUGUCACAUUUCGUUUGAGCGCGAUGAAUUAUCAAAAUUGUAAAUACCUGACGCUAGUCCAACACUCUGUUUCACCCGGAGGCAUUUUCUGAACGCACCCGACAACAUAAACGGUCCUGCGCCCUCCGUACUAGGAAGUGCGGAGAAAUUGAUGUGCCUUUUUAAGCUGAGUUGGCUCCUGUCAAAUCUGUGGAUUUAUUUUUCUUGUUGUUUAUUCCACCCGAGGUCGAUUGCUCACUAAGCACGGAGUAAUAAUACACGCCUCGUCCUUAAAAUGCCCCGGAGAAAGAGGACCGCAGGCAGCAGCUCAGACGGAACCGAGGACUCGGAUUUUUCCGCCGACCUCGAACACGCCGAAGUUCCCGAGAACGCGCACAGACGCAGCAGUACGCGCCUGACCCGCGCGUCACUGCGCCUCAGUCAGAGCUCACAAGAUAACUGCAGUUCUCCAACAGCUGUGGCUCCUGAUGAAGGUCCUGAUUCAGCAGCAGAAGCAGCAGCAGCAGCAUCUGCGGCAGCGGCAGCAGUGGCAGCAUCGGUCUUCUCCUCUGGGCGCAGGAUCACACGCAGCCAACAGGGGGCGACAAACACCACAGCCAAAAGAUACCCACUGCGUCAGAGUAGGUCAUCUGGCUCAGACACUGAGGGUAAUGACCUAAAACAGGGGGAGGACCGGGACGAGACUCCUCCCCGCACUCCAACAGGCAACGCCCCAUCCUCGGAGUCCGACAUUGAGGUUUCCAGCCCAAGCAACGACCUUGUGUCUUCCAGCAAUGAUAUUGUAGUGUCACAGGAGGAGGACGAGAGAUUGGCGAAAGAGCUGUCACUCAAAGAGGCCGCCGCCCACGACCUCUCCCACCGGCCCAAACGACGGCGCUUUCAUGAAAGCUACAACUUCAACAUGAAGUGUCCCACACCUGGCUGCAACUCACUGGGUCAUCUAACAGGGAGACAUGAGAGACAUUUCUCUAUAUCUGGAUGUCCUCUCUACCACAACUUGUCUGUUGAUGAGUGCAAGGGCAAGGCGUCAACGCGCGACAAACAGGCUGAGGAAAGGACGCUGUCACACCGCCAGGACGAGAACAGACAUUCCACAAGAAGCCAGGCUCCAUCAGAUCGUCAACUGCGCUACAAGGAGAAGGUAACUGAGCUGAGGAGGAAGAAGAACUCUAGCCUCAAUAAGGAACAGAAGGACAAGCACAUGGAGCACCGUCAAAGCCAUGGGACGAGCCGGGAGCCACUGCUGGAGAACAUCACCAGUGACUACGACCUUGAGCUGUUCAGGAAAGCGCAGGCACGUGCAUCGGACGACCUUGUAAGAGAGAAAACUCAUCAUCAUCUCCCCCUUUACUCUUUUCUCCCCCCUCUUCUGUUUUGUCCCCUCUUUUCUGCCUUCUCCUUUUCUCAGUUUCAGUCUGAAAAAAAACCUUUUCCCCUGCAGCCAAAGGAGGAGUCUGACAUAUCUUUGGAUAAACUCCGUCUGUCUGGUCAGGUGUCGGAGGGCAGCAACAUGAUAAAGACGAUCCUGUUUGGCCGCUAUGAGCUGGACACCUGGUACCACUCUCCAUAUCCUGAGGAGUACGCCCGCCUGGGGAGGCUCUACAUGUGCGAGUUCUGCCUUAAGUACAUGAAGAGCCAGACCAUUCUGCGUAGGCACAUGGCGAAGUGUGUGUGGAAGCAUCCUCCAGGUGACGAGAUCUACAGAAAAGGGAACAUCUCUGUGUUUGAGGUGGAUGGAAAGAAGAAUAAGAUUUACUGCCAGAACCUGUGUUUGCUGGCCAAACUCUUCCUGGACCACAAGACCCUCUAUUACGAUGUUGAACCUUUCCUCUUCUACGUCAUGACUGAAGCUGACAACACAGGCUGCCACUUAGUCGGAUACUUCUCGAAGGAGAAGAACUCUUUCCUGAACUACAACGUCUCCUGUAUCCUCACUAUGCCACAGUACAUGAGGCAGGGCUAUGGCAAAAUGCUCAUAGACUUCAGUUACCUGCUGUCCAAGGUGGAGGAGAAGGUGGGGUCACCUGAGCGUCCUCUGUCUGACUUGGGCCUCAUCAGCUACCGCAGUUACUGGAAGGAAGUGCUGCUGCGCUACCUGAACAAUUUUCAAGGCAAGGAGAUCUCCAUCAAAGAGAUCAGUCAGGAGACGGCAGUGAACCCUGUGGAUAUUGUCAGCACGCUGCAGUCCCUCCAAAUGCUCAAAUACUGGAAAGGGAAGCACUUGGUGUUAAAGAGACAGUGUAUAUUAUAUAAUUUAUUGAAACAGUUCAAGGCCUGUUGUACUCGAUCCCUAUUGCUCCCCAAUGAUUGGGUUAAUUGGACACUAAAUAAAACACAUCCAGUGUCCUCCUAGUGCCGUCCCAAGCUCAGAUAAAUGGAGAUCAGGGAGGGCAUCUGAUCUAAAAAUGUUCAUCAUUCUUAAUAAAAGGUAAUGGUAAUAACAUUUCAGAUGGGUUACAUACGUCUUCAUUAUAAUAAGCAGCUAAG